ACAACAUUCCUUUUUGCUGAGUGAUCGUACGGCAAUUUCACCGAUGUCUUCGACGAUAAAUCUUCGAAGAUCGUGAGGGUGUAUACAAUGACGAGGAUCGCAACUGCUCGACGAGGGUGGGUUCGGUGUGUCGGGUUGCAAGGAAGGAAAUGCAAUUAUUCGCCAGCGUCUGCGCUUCUAUAUUGAUCCGUGGUGGUGGCGGUGGAGGUACGGCGGUGGUGGCGGCUGUGCUCGCGGCGCGUUCGAGUGUUCGGGUGGGACCACAACCAACCCUACAACGAACCCGCCCAAAAUGUAUUUUUGCCUGCGUCUCGUGCGACUAUUCCUGAUCUCGGCGAUCCUGUGCGUCGGUCUGUGCUCCGAGGAUGAGGAGAGACUGGUGCGAGACUUGUUCAGAGGAUACAAUAAACUCAUCCGACCAGUGCAAAAUAUGACGGAGAAAGUGCACGUGAGGUUUGGCCUCGCCUUCGUGCAAUUGAUCAAUGUGAAUGAGAAGAAUCAGAUUAUGAAAUCGAACGUAUGGUUGAGAUUUGUAUGGAUGGAUUAUCAGCUGCAAUGGGAUGAGGCUGAUUACGGCGGUAUCGGUGUCCUCAGAUUACCACCCGACAAAGUGUGGAAACCGGACAUAGUCUUAUUCAAUAACGCUGACGGUAAUUAUGAAGUUCGUUAUAAGAGCAACGUGCUGAUAUACCCGAACGGCGAAGUGCUUUGGGUACCUCCAGCAAUUUAUCAGAGCUCGUGCACAAUCGAUGUAACAUAUUUCCCAUUUGAUCAACAAACGUGCAUCAUGAAGUUCGGCUCAUGGACCUUCAACGGCGACCAAGUCUCUCUCGCGCUCUACAACGAUAAGAAUUUCGUCGAUCUGUCUGACUAUUGGAAGAGCGGCACAUGGGACAUUAUUAGCGUCCCGGCAUAUCUCAACACUUACCAAGGUGAUUUUCCCACAGAAACGGACAUUACUUUCUACAUAAUUAUCCGCAGGAAGACUCUCUUCUACACGGUGAAUUUGAUACUGCCGACAGUUCUGAUCUCUUUCCUCUGCGUGCUCGUUUUCUACCUUCCGGCGGAGGCCGGUGAGAAAGUCACUCUAGGCAUUAGCAUUCUUCUAUCACUGGUCGUGUUCCUCCUGUUAGUCAGCAAAAUUUUACCACCAACUUCGCUGGUGUUACCAUUGAUAGCCAAAUAUUUGCUGUUUACUUUCAUCAUGAAUACUGUCAGUAUCCUUGUGACUGUGAUCAUCAUCAACUGGAACUUUCGCGGGCCGAGGACUCACAGGAUGCCUCAAUUCAUACGCAAGAUCUUUCUUAAAUAUCUACCAAUAAUGUUGUUCAUGAGACGACCAAAGAAGACGCGGUUGAGAUGGAUGAUGGAGAUACCAAACGUAACACUGCCAGCCGCUACAUACUCGGGAAGUCCGACCGAGGUCCCGAAGCAUCUGCCAGCUUCACUGGCGAAAUCGAAGAUGGAGGUGAUGGAGCUGUCCGAUCUGCAUCAUCCGAAUUGCAAGAUUAAUCGUAAGGUUCAUCACACCACGAGUAGCUCCAGCGGUGCUGGAGCAGGGGAAGGUAUGGGCGAUAGAAGAGGAUCCGAGAGUUCGGAUUCAGUGUUGCUCAGCCCCGAAGCCAGCAAGGCCACCGAGGCCGUGGAGUUUAUAGCGGAGCAUCUCAGGAAUGAGGACUUGUAUAUACAGACAAGGGAGGAUUGGAAAUACGUCGCAAUGGUGAUCGAUCGACUGCAACUUUAUAUAUUCUUUUUAGUAACGACUGCGGGUACCAUUGGGAUCCUAAUGGACGCGCCUCAUAUUUUCGAAUACGUGGACCAGGAUCGUAUCAUAGAAAUUUAUCGCGGAAAAUAAUCUGAUUUACCCCAACGAAGCGCAAUCACAAAUAAUAUGCCAUCAGACCGUUCUUAUUUCGUCUCCUUCAAAAAUAAAUUCAUAAUGUCAUGUGAAUAAUUUUGUCGUUUCAAUUGUGAGUGUGAAACGCUUACAACUCAACAAGCAAUUAUUUUUUAUACCUAGAUUUUUAUGAAAUUCCAUGUAUAUGAAGUACAAAUUUAUUUAAUGAAAGUAUCGAUACAAUCUUCUGCCAUUGUAUGCAUAUUUCGGUUCUGUGCAAUUGUAAGAUUGUAAAAUUCGAUUUAUAAGCUCUCUCAAUGACGAAACUCGAGCGAUCGAAAUGUGUGGCAUACAUUAUGUAGAUAAUAAUUCCACUAGAGUUAAUCAUGGCUGCCUCUCUGCGAUUAUUGUCUUCCCCGAUGCCAUUAACUUCCGGUAGCUCCAUUGCGACACGCUUAGACAAAGAAUUUAUGAAACGAUCGAAUGAAUUCUCAUUCUUCAUUUCACCGAAGGAAUGGGUAUUUCCGAAGGUUUUAAACACGAGAAGUCAUAUAUUAUAACGUGUUACUACAGUUUAAUAAUUUUUACAAGGUAAUAUAUUAUGUUAGCUGUAAAGACAUUUUUUUAAAUAAUAUUACGGUUUCCAAAUUAAAAAAAACUUGUUUAAAAUUUAGUGAUUUUGUUUAAAUAAUAUUGUAAAGAAUUUUAAUACUUACUAAUUCAGUGAAAUUUUGCUCAAAGAUUUUGCAGAAAAAAAAUCUGAGUUAAUAUAUUUUUUUAAUGUCUUAUUUUGUAUAACAUUUUAUAUGGUGAUUAUUGGAAAUACCCCAUAAUUGCUCUCCUUUAAAAGUAUAGUUACCACAUAACACACUUAAUGUUAAACGAUGAAAUCCGCUUGUGUAGUAUUAUAUAUCGUAUCUAGAAAAAUACGGAAUUAGUUAAUCGUUAGUUAAUUAGUUAAAUUGGCAGAAUUACUGUAAUACAUUAAUAUAACGAUGGUACGCACAAACCUGUUUAGUCAACUUAUCGAUAUCUCUUAAUUAGAAAAUACAAAUAAUCCAAUAGUCUGGUAAGUUAGAGAAAUAUAUAAAACAAAAAUAUUAUUUAUCGUAAAGUAAUUCAGAUAUACAGGAAUUUCACGUUUAACAUUAAAAAUUAUGUAAAAACAUUGCAUAUUUUUCUAGAAUCAUAAUUUCAGAUAACAAUUUAUUAAUACAUUUAAUAUAGUUCCUCUUGUUUAUGUUUAAAUUACUAUACGUUAUAUACACGCGUUUGAUGUCAAUAUAUUAGUGUUAAACGUGUGAGGGAAAUCAGUCCUGUAUUUAAUCUCUCGAUAAUAAUUUUAGCGAUCAGCUUCAAUUAAAUCGAUCAAAUUCUCGAUAUCAAAGUUAUAAAUUUCCGCAUAAGAUCGAAACGUUCUUUAUGGCGCGCGGAUUCAUAUGCGAAUGAUCAUGCUGAGUCAAUCGCGAUAAUGUUUUAGAUAUAAAAAUUUGAAAUAAUUUUGAUAAUAAUCGCGCAAGUCGUCACAUCGUAUUUUAGUCGAUUUCGCGUUUGAUACUCGUAUUAUGGCAUUGAUCAUAAAUAUCGAACGCGACGAUCUUGACGUAAUCGUUAGACAUACAAACGUGCUCGUAGUGACAAAUUUCACUUGCGAACGAGACGUUGUAAAUUAAAUUAAUUGCGAAGGGAUACUCUCGUAUCUAAUCGGUAACUUUUGAGAGAAACUCGGAAGACCAAUCCAACUCAAGGUAUUCUUAACAAUAAUUUCUUAAUUGUUUUUCAAAGAUUUUGAAUAAGAGGAGAGUAUUCUUAUUAAUCGAAGACAUAUUCGUAUUUACUGAAAGACAUAUUUAUGUAUCAUUAAUUGAAACACUACACAAAUCUCUCUGGUAAGAAAAUUGAUUGUGUCUUUACUGACAGCAAACAAAAAUUGUGCUUUGAUUUGAUUGGUCUUUCUAAAAAAUAGCUCAUAUUCUCAUAUCGCGUACUUACACGAAAAUAUUGCUGUAUUAUAUGUGUGAACUAAAUAUUACUUAGUGUAUUAUUUAAAAUAUGUAGACAUAAUUUACGUGCCUCUUUUUAAUUGUACUUUUUGUAGUUUUUUUCUUCAUUAGAUUAACAAAUAUAUCUCUGUUUUACUUUACAAACAUAUAAUAAAACGGCUUUUAUUAUUAAUUUACUGUCACUUGUAUAUAUAGACGCAAUUUAUGUAAGAAAUUGUGUUUUAAUGAGUAAAAAGUUAUUAAAUGAACGAAAACCAGUUAUUCAAUAAACUUAGUUAAAUGCGGAAUGAGAAUAUGAGCCAAUAUUUUGCGUCAAUAAUUAUGCGCAUAUUAGGAAACACGUUUCUUCGUCAUAAGAACGUGCGUUAAUAGAACGUCAUAGUCAUGCUUACCAUAUAUAUUGUACAGAGAGACUGUUAAACGGUCAAGUAUCCUCUAAUAGAGAAUGGAAAAACUCGGUCCGAGAGAAGAUUGCAUUCGAUUGUUGGAUAUCGAGGAUUUUAUUACGAGUAGUAAAAAAAUGAACUGAAAAAAAAAACUGAAAAUGUAAUCUCUUAUAUUUCUUCAUAAUUUUGUGCAAUUAAUUAUAAUUUCUUGCAAUCUCUCAAUAUAUCAAAAAAUUUAUAGUAUUUAUAAAUUUCUUUUAUAAGUUUUACAGUUUGCCAAAAAUUAUAAUAAUUUAUUUGACUACAUCGAUUGUUAACUAACUAACCUCGCACGAUUUUUUAAUGUCAUAAGCGGCAUUAGCAAUUAUCCUGUUUAACGAAGUUAAUGUUAAUGUUAUAGUUGUAAUGGUUUCUUCAAACGCAUCUAAAUCUGUUGUUAUAUAUCCCGAUCGUUGUCUUUAUUGAAGUAAAUAUAAUAAAAUAAUUUUAGACAUACUUAUGAGGAUGCUUGAUAACGAUAGUAAGGAAACGCAGAAUCCUAGAAUAGGAAGAUGCUCUUGUUUACUUGCGUCAAUCUUAGUAAAUUUGGUUAUGUAUGGAAGGUUUAUCUUAUUUUUAAAAUAAAUUUAAUAUGCACUGUCUAAAUCUGAAUCAGAGAGAUUUUACUCAUUUGCAAUGUUAUAAUUAUGAUCAUCAGUGAUAAUUCGCUGUCUUUCAAUGAUUUCGAUUAAGAGGAGAGUAAUCUUCUUGACCGAAACCAAAGUAUUCGUCGAAAGAUACAUACAUAUAUCACUGAUUUAUAUAAUUAUAACUAUAGAAAUUACCGAAAUCACAGAUUACUCACUGUUUUUCAGUGACUAAUACAUAGAUUCCGAUUUAGAGAGUAAGUUCUUCUUACUAAUUAUAAAUCAACAAUAUUUAUUUAUAAAUUUUGUUUCAUUUACGAAUUUUUUAUGUGAUACAAAUUUACGUUGCAAUAUAAUUUAUUAAAGAAGAGUUUUUGUACAGUCAAAUUUAUCGACAAUGUUUUGCUGUUACACAAUGCCGUUAUUUAAUGAUAGCGUAUGUCGUGUCUUCCUGGAAAGAAAUACAAUAAUUAAAAUUUAGAAACCAAGCAUAAUGGCAUAUUCCGUUUUGUUCCAUUCCUCACAUGUCAAAAGAUUUUCUGUCAGUUAUUGAACGCGAUUUAACAUAAACGAAUAACAAUAAACGAGAUUUUACAAUUCAGUCCGUAUGUGUCUACCGAGGAAAGGAAGACGAUCGCGCAUCAGCGAAUAUGUAUUAUAUAGUUUAUCUUGCGCAUAAAACAAAAAAAAAUUGUUGAACCGAAAAAUUUGUACUUUAUUAUGCAUGAUAAAUAACAUAGGGAUUAUAUAUUCGUGCAUUACUGUAUGUUGCCAGGUAAAAGAGAAAUUUAACAUAAAAGUUAAGUAGUCCUUUUUAUAAUGAAAUAAUGCAUCAAUAAAACUCAUGAAGAAUUUUA